CGAGGCCAGCCCCUGCCCCUCCCUGGUGACUGGCUCCCUGGGACAGGCCCAGAGCCUGCUGUCUGCCCUGGGGGACUCCCUGAGGCUACCGGCAAGAGCCCGCACCCAGCCCAGGGACACUCCCUUUGGGUGCUUGUUCAGGAUCUCUGGGAGUCAGAACAGACAGUGAGGUGGAAGCUGCUCCCGGACUUGGGAUGUCUGCAUAGGACAUGUGACAGACCCGUCUCAGAGAGGUCCCAGGGACUGGCUUCAGGUCACACCCCAGGCCUCCGGGCUCCAGAUGUCUCGACAACCUUUCCAUCAUUGACUCCUAUAGGGUCGCUAUGAGUCAGGAUCAACUCGACGGCAAGAUGCCCUGCAUCCAAGCCCAGUAUGCCACUCCAGCGCCGAGCCCAGGAGCCCGUGACCACCUGGCAAGCGACCCCCUGACCCCUGAGCUCAGCAAGCCCACCAUGGACCUGGCCAGCCCCGAGACGGCCCCUGCUGCCCCCACGGCCCUGCCCAGCUUCAGCACCUUCAUGGACGGCUACACGGGGGAGUUUGACACGUUCCUCUACCAGCUGCCGGGCACCACCCAGCCGUGCUCCUCGGCCUCCUCCACGGCCUCCUCCACGUCCUCGUCCUCAGCCACCUCCCCUGCCUCUACUUCCUUCAAGUUCGAGGACUUCCAGGUGUAUGGCUGCUACCCAGGCCCCCUGAGCGGCCCCCUGGACGAGACCCUGUCCUCCAGCGGCUCCGACUACUACGGCAGCCCCUGCUCCGUCCCCUCCCCGUCCACGCCCAGCUUCCAGCCGCCCCAGCUCUCUCCCUGGGAGGGCUCUUUUGGCCAUUUCUCACCCAGCCAGACUUACGAAGGCCUGCGGGCGUGGACUGAGCAGCUGCCCAAGGCCUCGGGGCCCCCCCAGCCCCCAGCCUUCUUCUCCUUCAGCUCCCCGACUGGCCCCAGCCACAGCCUCCCCCAAAGCCCCCUGAAGCUCUACCCCUCCCAGGCCGCUCACCAGCUGGGGGAGGGGGAGAGCUACGCCAUGCCGACCACCUUCCCAGGCCUGGGGCCUACCUCUCCACACCUGGACAGCUCGGGGAUGCUGGACGCGCCCUUGGCCUCAGCCAAGGCCCUCGGUGGGGCUCCCGGGGCAGGCGAGGGCCGCUGCGCCGUGUGCGGGGACAACGCUUCGUGCCAGCAUUACGGCGUGCGCACCUGCGAGGGGUGCAAGGGCUUCUUCAAGCGCACAGUGCAGAAAAACGCCAAGUACAUUUGCCUCGCCAACAAGGACUGCCCUGUGGACAAGAGGAGGCGGAACCGCUGCCAGUUCUGCCGAUUCCAGAAGUGCCUGGCUGUGGGCAUGGUGAAGGAAGUUGUCCGGACAGACAGUCUGAAGGGCCGGCGGGGUCGGCUCCCUUCAAAACCCAAGCAGACCCCUGAUGCCUCCCCCGCCACCCUCCUCACCUCGCUGGUCCGGGCACACCUGGACUCGGGGCCCAGCACGACCAAACUGGACUACUCCAAGUUCCAGGAGCUGAUGCUGCCCCGUUUUGGGAAGGAGGAUGCCGGGGAUGUGCAGCAGUUCUACGACCUGCUCUCGGGGUCCCUGGAGGUUAUCCGCACGUGGGCUGAGAAGAUCCCCGGCUUUGCUGAGCUGGCCCCCUGCGACCAGGACUUGCUGCUGGAGUCGGCCUUUCUGGAGCUCUUCAUCCUCCGCCUGGCCUACCGGUCCAAGCCGGGCGAGGGGAAGCUGGUCUUCUGCUCGGGCCUGGUGCUGCAUCGGCUGCAGUGCACCCGAGGUUUCGGCGAGUGGAUCGACAGCAUCCUGGCCUUCUCUCGGUCCCUGCACAGCCUGGUCGUGGACGUCCCCGCCUUCGCCUGCCUGUCUGCUCUCGUCCUCAUCACCGACCGGCACGGGCUACAGGAGCCUCGGCGGGUGGAGGAGCUGCAGAACCGCAUUGCCAGCUGCCUGAAGGAGCACGUCUCGUCGGUGGCGGGCGAGCCCCAGCCGGCCAGCUGCCUGUCCCGCCUGCUGGGCAAGCUGCCCGAGCUGCGGACCCUGUGCACCCAGGGCCUGCAGCGCAUCUUCUACCUCAAGCUGGAGGACCUGGUGCCCCCUCCACCCAUUGUCGACAAGAUCUUCAUGGACACGCUGCCCUUCUGACCCCAGCCCGGGAACAUGCGUGCACACGCGUGUGUGCCUGCACACUGCCCCACACGUGCCUUUAGCCCACGGCCCACAGACCCCAGAACAGAGCACCCCUCCUAGCACCCCACCGGGUGUGAGCCCAAGGCCCAAUGGCCUCCUUGUUGACUCUAAGAAGCCACCAGGAAGCUCGAGCCCUGGGGGAUGGGGGGGAUUCGUUCGUGGGGGGGACCCCCACUAUUGUCUUAUGCCCAGCCCACCCCUGGCCUUUAUGUUUUUGUAAGAUAAACUGUUUUUAACACAUACUGCCAUGCUGUAAAUAAGCCGAACGCUGUUGUAAAUACAGGAAGGAAGGGGUUAAGGUGGGAGUUGGGGUUGGGAAGAAUGGAUGGGGCUCCCCGCCAGCCUCCUCCCCCAUGUACAUAAACUGUCACCCUAGGAGGAAGACAGAUGACAGAGUCUGACAUUUAUAUUUGUGUAUUUUCCUGGAUUUAUAGUAUGUGACUUUUCUGAUUAAUAUAUUUAAUAUAUUGAAUAAAAAAUAGACAU